GCGUCCGCAGCGCUCCUCGCGCUCUUUACGUCGGAGUCCAAGGAGUAGGCGUUUCCGGCCAUUCAUACGCCUUGUCUUUCGGACCUGGGUGGUCCGGUUUUGUUCACUAUCCGACCGAAAGAGGGACGGCGCCGCUAGGAUGAAGCUCGUGAGAUUUUUGAUGAAAUUGAGUCACGAAACUGUAACCAUCGAAUUAAAGAAUGGAACACAGGUCCAUGGAACAAUCACAGGUGUAGAUGUCAGCAUGAAUACCCAUCUUAAAGCUGUGAAAAUGACUUUGAAGAAUAGAGAACCGGUACAGCUGGAAACACUGAGUAUUCGAGGAAAUAACAUUCGAUAUUUUAUCCUACCAGACAGCUUACCUCUGGAUACACUACUUGUGGAUGUUGAACCAAAGGUGAAAUCUAAGAAAAGGGAAGCUGUUGCGGGAAGAGGCCGAGGCCGAGGAAGAGGAAGAGGACGUGGUCGGGGUAGAGGAAGAGGGGGUCCUAGGCGAUAAUGUCUCUCAAGAUUACUAUUUCAAAGUGAUACGUGAUUGGGCAUAUUUUUUGUACAGGUUUUGUUUGUUUAUGUCAGUUUUUAAUAAACAUAAAUGUAGGACACAGUU